UCGCUGAUUCUUCAGUGUUGGUGACGUAAAAUCUUAUGAUCAUCGAUUUCGGAACAGGAGAAGUUUAGCAUAAUUUAUCAAAGAUAUGCACUGAAAUAAAUCAAGAGGAGGGCUGAAAGACAUUUAAUAGGAGAGGAGAGUUAGAAUCUGCCGCGAUGGGGUCCCUGUUUAGGAGCGAGGAGAUGACUCUAUGUCAGUUAUUUCUCCAGUCAGAGGCCGCCUACGCUUGUGUAUCAGAGCUGGGGGAGUUAGGACUGGUACAGUUCAGAGAUUUAAACCCAGAUGUGAACGCUUUUCAAAGAAAGUUUGUGAAUGAAGUAAGACGAUGUGAUGAAAUGGAGAGAAAACUGCGAUUCUUGGAGAAAGAGAUAAAGAAGGACGGAAUUCCGAUGUUAGACACGGGAGAUAAUCCCGACGCUCCGGUACCCCGAGAAAUGAUCGACCUCGAGGCCACAUUUGAGAAACUUGAAAAUGAAAUGAAGGAGGUGAAUGGGAACACAGAAGCACUGAAGCGUAACUACCUAGAACUCACUGAACUGAAACAUAUUCUCAGGAAGACCCAGACUUUCUUUGAGGAGGCUGAAAUUCAUCAUGUUCAGGCCAUGCAUGACCCCAGCCUCACGGAGGAGAACUUUGGACUGCUGGGAGAGGAAUCACACCGAUCGGGGCAAGCACUGAAAUUAGGAUUUGUGGCGGGGGUGAUCGUCCGGGAGAAGAUCCCGGCCUUUGAGCGGAUGUUGUGGAGGGUGUGUCGAGGGAACGUCUUCCUCAGACAGGCUGAGAUUGAUACCCCACUGGAGGACCCCGUCACGGGUGACCAGGUCAGCAAAUCUGUUUUCAUCAUCUUCUUUCAAGGGGAACAACUCAAGUCAAGGGUCAAAAAGAUAUGUGAGGGAUUUAGAGCCACCCUGUACCCCUGUCCAGAAACUCCAGCUGAGAGAAGAGAAAUGGCAAUAGGAGUCAUGACCAGAAUAGAAGAUUUAAACACUGUUCUGGGUCAGACACAGGAUCACCGUCACCGAGUUUUGGUGGCCGCUGCUCGUAACAUUAAAAUCUGGUUUAUCAAAGUGAGAAAAAUCAAGGCCAUCUAUCACACACUCAACAUGCUCAAUCUGGACGUGACUCAGAAAUGUCUGAUCGCCGAGUGCUGGUGUCCUGUACAGGAUCUAGACAGAAUUCAGCAGGCACUGAGGAGGGGCACGGAAAGAAGUGGCAGUUCUGUUCCAUCCAUUCUGAAUCGCAUGAAAACAAAGGAAGUUCCACCCACAUAUAACCGUAAUAGUAAAUUCACACAAGGAUUUCAGAAUAUCAUUGAUGCCUAUGGAAUUUCUACAUACCAGGAAGUCAAUCCAGCUCCUUGGGCAAUAAUUUCCUUUCCUUUCUUGUUUGCGGUGAUGUUUGGAGAUUUUGGCCACGGUUUUAUCAUGUUUCUGGUGGCUCUCUACCUUGUCACUAGAGAAAAGCAGCUUCAGGCAAUGAAGAUAAACAAUGAGAUUUUUGACAUGUUCUUUGGAGGGCGAUACAUCAUUCUGUUGAUGGGGCUGUUUUCUAUGUAUACUGGACUGAUUUAUAAUGACGUCUUUUCAAAAUCGCUGAAAUUUUUUGAUUCAUCCUGGGACCCACAUGAUCCUAAAACAUACAAACCGUACACAGCCGACACCCUGAAGGGGUCUACCUCUCUACAGCUCGACCCUAACAACUCCUUUACUAAAGGUGGACCCUAUCCAUUUGGUCUGGAUCCGGUAUGGGCCUUAUCUACCAACAAGAUUACUGCUCUGAAUUCCUUCAAGAUGAAGAUUUCUGUCAUUUUUGGAAUCAGUCAGAUGUUUCUGGGAGUCAUGCUAAGCAUAGUUAAUCACAGAUUUUUCAAGAGGAAAGUGAACAUCUACUUUGAAUUUAUUCCACAAGUUAUAUUUCUAGCGGCAAUAUUUGGUUACCUUGUAGCCGAGAUAUUUGUUAAGUGGAUAAUAUUCACAUGGAAAGAUGCUGCUACUGCACCCAAUUUACUCAUAGGGCUUAUUCAGAUGUUCCUCUUCCAAAGUGACCCUAAAAACCUGUGGUAUAGUGGCCAGGUUGGAUUCCAGACUUUCCUCGUCAUUCUGGCAGUUAUCUGUAUCCCCUGGAUGUUACUAAUCAAGCCGUUCUAUCUCAGACAUCAGCAGAAAUUCGGACAGUAUCAGUACCAGGAAGUCCCGACGGGUAACCUACUUGACGACAGCGACGGAGAGGAGGUCGUCUACCACAGUGACUCCGAGAGGUCACAUUACGACCCUGAACCCGAGGAAUUCAACUUUGGAGAUGUGUUCACCCAUCAGUGUAUACACACAAUAGAAUACUGUCUGGGCUGUGUCUCACAUACAGCUUCUUACCUUCGUCUCUGGGCACUCAGUCUGGCUCACGCUCAGCUGUCUGAGGUCCUGUGGAACAUGGUGAUGAGGAUAGCUCUACAGAUGGAUGGGAUCGCGGGGGCGUUUGUUUUGGCGGGGGUGUUCGCUUUCUGGGCCUGUGCUACUGUUAUUGUACUGAUUCUGAUGGAGGGACUCUCGGCAUUCCUCCACACUCUUCGUCUUCACUGGGUGGAGUUUAACUCUAAGUUUUACGAUGGACAGGGCUACAAGUUCCAUCCGUUCUCCUUUGAGGAUUUAUCAGAGUUCAGCAUUGAGGACUAGGAUACUCACCUCUAACUGAGAAAAAAAAACUCCACAUGUUCAACUCUAUUCUCAGAGAUUGAUUUGAAAGAGUAGCCUCCCGUCUCUAUAGUCAGAUUUGUGAAGUUUGAUUAGAGAGAGUAAUCUCCCUUUUCAAUAAUCAUUUUUGUGAGUGUUUGAUUGAUGUUGUUAAUGCUGUGUAAAGCUGUGUUUUAUUUAUUGUGAUACGAGAGGACUUCUAAGGCAUAAUACACUAUGUGUAUCAAAUCAUUAGCUUUAAAUUCGGUGACCAAGAAAUCCAAAGGUACAUGUGUAUACAGUACUUUUUAUCUGCAAAGCUUCAAGGAUUUUAUCUGUUGCCAGAAUGUAAUCUAUAAUAAAGAAGACACUCUACUAUA